AAAAACCUGGCCAUCACUGGAUCAGAAGCACAAAGAAUACCAAACGAUGGCAGAUCAGAAAGAGAUGGAGACGAGAGAAACGGAAACAAAUGAAGGAAUAGAAACAACAGCUGUGGGGAAGAACAUGAAAGAACGAAAGAUAUCGUGGGCGAAGCUGCGCCGGGUGGACUCCUUGAAUAUAGAGGCUGGAAGGGUUUCAUCUUCUCAAAGCCAUGCCUCCAAGGUUAGUUGGAAGAGGACGUUGAGUUUAGCAUUUCAGAGCAUAGGGGUGAUAUAUGGGGACAUAGGGACGUCUCCACUUUAUGUGUACAAAAGCACUUUCGCCGAUGGUAUUCAACACCAAGACGACAUUCUUGGUGUCUUGUCCCUUAUCAUCUACACCAUAGCGUUCAUAGCCAUGCUGAAGUAUGUCUUUAUUGUGUUGUGGGCCAAUGACAACGGGGACGGUGGGACGUUUGCACUGUAUUCCUUGUUGUGCCGGUAUGCAAAGGUGAGCUUGAUUCCAAAUCAGGAGCCAGAGGACAGGGAGCUAUCCAACUACAGACUUGAAACACCAUCCAACCAGUCGAGACUGGCUUCGAAGAUUAAGGAAAAGCUUGAGAAUAGCAAAACUGCACAAAUUUUGCUUUUCAUUGUCACCAUCAUGGGAACUUCCAUGGUAAUUGGAGAUGGGAUUCUUACUCCAUCCAUUUCAGUUCUUUCUGCGGUGGAUGGGAUACACUCGCUAGGCACAGAUGCUGUUGUGGGGAUUUCAGUGGCAAUCUUGAUAGUUCUGUUUUCUGUUCAACGAUUCGGAACAGAUAAAGUGGGGUUUUCGUUUGCCCCAAUCAUCUUCUUGUGGUUUUUGGUCAUCAGUGGCAUUGGUCUUCACAACUUGUUCAAAUAUGAGGUUGGAGUUUUACGUGCUUUCAAUCCAGCAUACAUAAUUGAUUACCUCAAAAGAAAUGGGAAACGAGGAUGGAUUUCCCUUGGUGGAGUUUUUCUGUGCAUUACAGGGACCGAGGCCAUGUUUGCAGAUCUGGGUCACUUCAAUGUUCAAGCAGUCCAAAUCAGUUUCUCUUGCAUUACGUUUCCUGCAUUACUAACUGCAUAUAGUGGGCAAGCAGCAUACCUCAGGAAAUUCCCCGGGAACGUGUACAAUACUUUCUACGACUCCAUACCAGACCGAAUAUACUGGCCAACCUUCGUUGUUGCAGUAGCUGCUGCCAUUAUAGCCAGCCAAGCUAUGAUAUCUGGGGCAUUUGCAAUUCUCUCUCAGUCGCAAAAUCUAGGUUGUUUUCCUAGAAUUAAGGUUGUUCAUACCUCUGCAAAGUAUGAGGGCCAGGUUUACAUCCCCGAGGCCAACUACUUUCUCAUGAUUGCUUGUGUUAUAGUCACUGUGGCCUUCAAGACUACUGACAAGAUCGGCAAUGCAUAUGGAAUUGCUGUGGUUACUGUAAUGUUGAUCACAACCAGUUUGCUUUCUCUAAUCAUGCUUGUUAUCUGGAAGACGAGGAUAUGGAAGAUUGCUCUCUUCUUUGUGGUGUUUGCUUCCAUAGAGGGGAUUUAUCUAUCAUCUGUCCUGUACAAGUUUACGCAAGGUGGGUUCCUUCCAUUGGUAUUUGCGCUUGUCCUAAUGACAAUCAUGGCGAUUUGGCAUUAUGUACACAAAGAAAGAUACAUGUUUGAGCUCAGGAACAAGGUUUCUAGUGAAUUCAUCAAAGAAUUGGCUGUCAACCCAAAUAUAAAACGGGUGCCAGGAAUGGGAUUCCUGUACUCCGAGCUUGUACAGGGUAUUCCUCCAAUAUUUCCCCACUUCAUCUCUAAUAUACCAUCUAUCCAUUCUGUUCUAGUGUGUGUCUCAAUUAAGUCCCUCCCGAUUAGCAAAGUUGUAGUGGAGGAGAGAUUUCUGUUCCGGCAAGUUGAGCCGAGGGAAUAUCACAUGUUCCGCUGUGUGGUGAGGUAUGGCUAUAAUGAUGUGAUCGAGGAACCUGAGGAGUUUGAGAGGCAGCUAGUGGAACAGUUGAAAGAAUUCAUCCGCCAUGAACACUUCAUGCUUGAGGAAGGAACCACUGAACAAAUUGCUGAACCAGUGAACCUCCAGCAUUCUUCUCUAUUGGUGAAAGAUGGAAAAGCAAGAGGAUCAGCUGUUCACACUGAGGAAUCACUACAACUGCCUAAUCCAUCUGGGGUUUCAUCCGGGUCUAAUUCCAUUCAGUCGGUCAAUGCAGCUAAAUCGACAAAUUCUUCUAACCGAAUUGUCUCUGUUCCAAUCCAGGGAGUUGAAGAGGAGAUGCAGUUUGUCCAAAAAGCGAUGGAGAAUGGUGUGGUUUACCUCCUUGGAGAAGCAGAAGUUGUGGCAGAACAGAAAGCAUCCUUCUUGAAGAAGAUAGUCGUCAAUCAUGCCUAUAGUUUCUUGAGAAAAAAUUUUAGGCAGGGGGAGAAAGUUCUGGCUAUUCCCCACGCUAGGCUCGUAAGGGUUGGAAUGACAUAUGAGAUCUGAGAUUCAGAAUCUUUGGAAAAUCAAAUAAACAUGCUGUACGUGUAUAGCUUGCCCUGAUAGCCUGCUUCUACAAUCUCAAUAUGACAACAUGUAAAACAUCAGUAAAAUUCUCAAGUUUUAAUGGAAAAUGUUUUAUGCCACAC